CGAGAAGGAAAUCUUACUGUUGGAAAAGUUUAUGCAGGUUUGCUGAUCCUAGAAAACUGGAAAUCCACACGAUUCGGCCAGCUAUCAACAAGAUCAACUGAGGAACUCUCCCCUUCUCCACAAAGUGAUACAACGCGGACAUCCUUACUGCAUCGACUGAUGGUCAGAAAUUCAAACGUGCGUGCUAGUCAAGAGAGUCUCAACCAACACGAUGAUUAUUACGAAGAUGCAGAGUGUCGUUCUAUUGGUUCACGCAGAGGCUCGUUUCGAGGCUCGAAAAUCAGUAUCGACAAAACUAACGACAACUCGGACAGAUCCUGGCAGCAGAGUUUCAGUUUUCUACGUCGGGGAAGCAGUAGAAGAAAGCGCCACACUGUGGAGAACGAACAACCUGAAUCUCAGGAAAGAGAAACCCAUCUUCGCCCCUAUCAUCACGCUCGGUCGCGAUCUCCCUCUCCAGCUAGGUCGAGGCGGGGAUCCCCAGCUUCUCCACGAAGAAGACGAUCCCCAACCCCGAUUAGAAGAUCUCCUUCUCCACGCCGAGGGGACCAUGACAUUGGCUUUUCUGAUGCUGUGACUGACCUCGUGAGCAGGGUUAAACAUGAAGGCAGUAGUAGAGGAAGAACGAAGGCCAAACUUGGAGGUGAUGAGUUUGCCAUAUCUGAAGAAGGUACGACGUAUCGAGGGAGAUCACCGGUUCGAUCGACGUUCGGCAAGCCAUCACCCUGGAGAGUUUCCUCUCCAUCCCACGAGCGAAGUCAGAGUAUCAGUCCAGAACACCAGACAAUGUUUUCCUACAGACGAUCCCACAGACAUAGCCCAAACGUCACUCCAACUCAUAGUGAAUAUUAUAGUAAGUCACCAUUAGACGAGCAUACCCGUAGUCUGAGCCCAGCUUCCGCGCACAGCUUGCCGUUACAGAGAAUAUCGCGGGGAAGGAAAUUACCCCCAACUCCAAUCAAACCAUCCACUCUGUAUUUUGGUGUUCGAUCCAUGGAAAGGAUCAACUUUCCUGUUGUGUCUAGUUCGCCAACAGUGCCCCAGCCCAGUAACAAAUCAAUAUUUAAUAUCAACUUUCCCAGAGUGAAUGCUUCGCCCACACAUCUGCCAAAAUCCCAGAUGCUACUCCGACAACAAAGAACUACUCCGAGUACUGGACUUCACAGCCCGUCUCUAAGGCCAGGCGGAAGGGUGGCUAGUAGCAGUAUUAGUUUGCCACGUGGUCAGGAACAGACUCGUAGUGUAGACUUUCACUCUACUCUGGACAGAAGUUUUGACCCUCUUGGGCAUAAUGAGAAACUGGUCAGUUUCCAAACAACAGCAACUGUUGGAAGAAGCUGUCGACAGCUUCCAUCAUUAUUGUCUAAUGGUUACAAGCCAGGCCAAAGAGACUGGUACAGACAGGGAGGGAAGGAAGUAAUUAUACCAGCUUUACGGACAGGUCGUGUUGGUCCACACGUUGACUCUGAUGAUGAUUGGUGCUAGCUAGCCAAUCGUUUUGAUGAUUGGUGCUAGGUAGCCUGUCAUAUUGACAAUUGGAGCUAGCUAGCUGAUUGUUUUGACAUUUGUAGCUGGCCAAUCAUUUUGAUGAUUGGUGCUAGCUAGCCAAUCAUUUUGACAAUUUAUGCUAGCUAGCCAAUCGUUUGCGCAAGAUAAAUCUGAUAAUGCUUAGAGGUUUCAAUUCUGGACUAAAUUCUUUCAAAUUUACACAUUAACUUCAUGUUCCUGAACAAAUAUGAUGUAUAUAAUUAUUCGAUUACUUGUCAUUAUCAUCAGUACUUCAAUUUGAACAUUUGUUUUUUAACUCUAAAGAUUACCGUUAGGAGCUUUCUUUAUUUUCAAUUAACUAUGUAUCUUUUAGUAAUUACAACCGUUUGUCUUUCAUGCUCGUUCUUCUGUGAUGGACUAACACUAAGGCAGACUUUCAUACCAUCAUUAGGCCUACUAAACAUUUAUUUUCCAUUAUGGGAAGAAUUUGCAUGCCAAGUUGAAAAGAGGGACAUUUAUAAGAAUCUUCUACUAUAUGUAAAGCUUUGUGUGGAUGUUUCACUUCCUUUACGUGUAUUUCUAAACAACUAAGGUUUACAGGAUCAGAAGCUUGAAAUUUCUGACAUCAUUAGCUUAUCAUCAUCUCUGUCAAGCUCUUUGUUAGAAGUCUCAUUACUCUUAUCAACACGAUUUUCUUAUGUCUGUUACGCUGAGUAACAUAACGCGAUAAGAAACGUUUCGUAAACUUCACGAGCAAUACUUGGCCUAGUGUAAGUCAAACGAAACAUGGCUCGCGUCCCUUUGCCGCAAAAAUUCGCUCCGCACUUCGGAUCUAUGAUGAUAAAACCCCAAUAUACGGUCAGACAAGAGUAGCCCAAACGUUGGCGGUGUGUGCUGUUGAAUAUCUGCCUUCCCUCUAGUCUAUCGGUUCUAAGAGUGAUAGCUAUAUAGAUAUAGCUGUUGUAUAGCUUCGCGCGAAAAUUCUAAAAAAAAACAAACAAAACUAAAAAAUAGACCGGUAAGAAAUAUAAACCUACCCCUUACGCGUUGUUCUAUUCUAUACUUUAAAUAUUAAAUAUCAUGUGUUAAUAUACGAGUCUAUUUACACGUUCUGUUAAAACAGCUUGCGACAGGUGGCGCACUACAAGAACAAUCAAAUACUUAUAAUUCUAGCCAGAGCUUGUGAAGAAACUUGUUUUAUUUCCCGGCUAACAUUCGUCAAUUGCAAUCACUAGCACUCUUUUCUUUAAAUAUUUUUAAACCUAAAUACUUUCUGCGAUUUUUAUCUAUUUGUUUUAUUUCAACGAUCAAUUGUGUCCAGCUGCUAUAAAUGUUUGUUGUAAGACAAUAGAAUAUCUGUCCCUCGAGUAUCGAAACCCGGUUUUUAGCUAUGUGAGCCCUCAAACUUAUCGCUGAGCCACUAGGGGGCUGGUAUAAAUGACAGAAAAUGGAGUUACCUCUAUCAAAGUUGUCGCAAUAAUUUUUCUUUAAAUAUCAAAUAUUUCAGAAAUAUCACCAGUAGUUUCUUCUUCUUGUGUGAAAAGUAGCAGGACUCCAUUAACUAGGUUCUAGUUUUGAAAGAUAAAUCAGUAGGAUAUUCAAAUACAGAUACUGUUCCAAACGACAGUCACUAAAAUAAAUUAAUUAUUAACAUUUUAACUAUCGUAACAGACGGUACUUCUUCAUAAGUUAAGUAAAUUUGAAAAAUAACUUAUUAAAAAGGCACUAGGCUGAUAUAAGUACCCUACAUGUUCCGGUGUUAUUCUAUUUCGUAAGAUGUAGGGGUAGAAAGCCGACAAAAUAUGUAAAGUUAUAUAUAAUGAGCAUAAUGCCUUUUUAUGUUAAUUGGUGUUCACUUUUUUAACGUAAUUUAAUUUUAUUAGGAAAAGAACUGAAAUUGAAAGUUGCUAAACGUUCGCUCUGUAAUUUCCACCUCCCAUUUUUUUUUUAAUUUUAGUUCAUUAAAUCGAAAUAUUCUAAGUUUGAUAAUUAUGUAUGUAUGUUGUUAACCACAAAGCUACAUAAUGGGCUAUCUGUGCCCACCACAGGUAUCGCAACCCAGUUUUUAGCGUUAUUAGCCUUCAGACUUACCGCUGAAGAGCUCUGGAUUGAGCGAAACGCGUCGUCGGCUAGGGAUAUGACAUAAAUAGUGUGGUUAGAAUACUAUUAUUACACACAUAUAAUUCUUGAAAAUCUCUAAAGGACUAGAUAAAAAAUGUAGUGUUUAAAAAUAUAAUAGGUCUAAUACAAAUGUCCUAUGACAAGUACAAUUAAUUUCAAAAAUAGUUUGGAAAUACUCGAGGUAUCAAUAUCCAAUUAAUCACUCAAUGAAAAUAUAAAUGUAUUUCGUGUUCUAGAGACGCUUUAUUACAUUGCCUGGAUACAAGUGUUAGAAAUGCCUAGGGGAACAAAUUUUAGAAAUUAUGGUUUAUUUAGGGUGUUCAACGAAACGUUUAUUUAAACAAUAAGAAGGAAUUAAAUGGCCCGAUUUUUUUUUUUUACCGAAAGCAUUUAUAAAAUAUUGAAAU